GGUCGAACUCUAUAGUAUCUACACCGAGAACGACUGAACCAAAGAAAACUGAAAUUUCUUUUCCCAAUUUUUGAUUCCAGGCGGGAAGAGUCUCUGUAAAUCAAUUUCGAUUAUUGAACACAUCUCUCCUUCAUACGCAUUGUCAGGUUUUCGAUUAACAGGAAAGUUAUCGGGUUCACGUUUCUGCCCUAAUUCGGUUACAAAGAACUUGUGGAUCUUCCAUUGUUAACUUAUUCUGAUCUGCUGAAAUUUCAGACGAUAAACGACAGUUCUUCGAUGCAGUUUCUUAUUUCAGGGUUUCGUCGGCGGGUAGGCUUCGUUAUGGAUUCUUAAUUCGUAGAUGGGUUUGUAUUCCGGGCAUUUUACUGUAAUUGCGAGAGCUGUGACGAUCGUCCAUGGGUGCCCUAACGACCAAUCGUAAGCGCGGUGAUAGUUGGUUCAGCUUGAGUCAUGUAUUCUCGCCUCUUUUCUCUAAAGAUUCCGACUUUCGGCCCGAGCUUCAAACCGCGAAGAAGCCCAGAAUUUCGCCUAUCAAUCUCAAUACACAGUGGCAAUUAUCUUCGCCGAAUACAGUAUCUAGAAUUUGUCGGUACCCUGGAGGGGUUCCGCGUCUACCUAGAGAAGUUCACGCUCCUUGCCGGAAUUCUAGGUUUGCUCGCCCGGCCAGUUCGUUCAGAGAAUCCCUCCCUGGGAUUGGUCGAGUUAACGAGAAUCAAGAGUCGAUUGAUGAGAUGGGGAAUUUACUAGUUCGCCGAUAUGAUGCAGCGAAGACCACUGCAGUGGGUGCUCUACAGCACUUGAGAAAGGACAAGGCUCCAGAGAUUGAUGUGGAGAUGGAGUUCUCCAAGGAUGAAAUUCCUGAUGACUCGAGCAUAGAAGAAAUCGAAGUAUUGGAUGAUGGGCGAGAAUGGCUGUCUGUAGUUUCAGACCGGACGUCUAAUGAGACCAAUGCUGAUGUUCUUCUGCAGGAUGCACAUGCAAAGCUUCCGGCUUAUGGUCAGCAACCGUCGUUUUCUGCGGUGUCCGAGCUGACUAAGGUGGACGAAGGGGGGAAGAUGAUGGUGUCUCUGUCUGUAAGUCAUGGAGCAGAGGAGUUGGGCAUGCUUCCUCACAAAAAAUUGCUCGAGUCUGCAGAGAGACGGAAUCCCAAAUUGUCUUACUUGAAUUCUAAGAUCAGUUUUCUUGAGAAAAAGUUGUUAUCAAUAGCAUUACUCUUCCCGAAGCGUCAGGCGAAGAGACUGGCAGAGGUUCUACCUCGAGAACCUUUUCUUCCCCUUACGCAGGAGGAAGAGGCUGAAGUAUCUCAUGCUUUAUCGGGUUCAAAUAGGCGGAGGGUCUUGGUAACACAUGAAAAUUCUAAUAUAGUGAUUACAGGAGAAAUCUUGCAGUGCUUGAGCCCCAACGCUUGGCUAAAUGAUGAGGUCAUAAACGUUUACCUUGAAUUACUGAAGGAGAGGGAAAAAAGAGAACCAGAAAAAUUUUUGAAGUGCCAUUUUUUCAACACAUUCUUCUAUAAGAAGUUGAUUAGUGGGAUACAUAGUUAUGAUUUCAAAGCUGUGAGGAGAUGGACUACCAUGAGGAAGAUCGGGUACACCCUUAUUGAAUGUGACAAAAUAUUUGUACCUAUCCACAAAAAGGCACACUGGGUCUUGGCUGUUAUCAACAAAAAGGAUGAAAAAUUCCAGUAUCUUGAUUCAUAUAAAGGCAUGGACCCCCAAGCUCUAGAAGCACUGGCCAGAUAUUUUGUAGAUGAGGUGAAGGACAAGAGUGGAAUGGACAUUAAUGUGAGCUCUUGGAAGCACGAGUAUGUUGAUGAACUUCCUGAACAGCAGAAUGGAUGGGACUGUGGCAUGUUCAUGAUCAAAUAUAUAGACUUCUACAGUAGAGGUCUAAGGCUCUGUUUCAAUGAGGAACACAUGCCCUAUUUCCGCCGGAGGACUGCCAAAGAGAUUCUGAGGUUGAAAGCUCAGUGAACCAUAUGGAGCUAAUCUGUUUAAUAGUCAGGCUUUGGGCAAUAUGAAACUAAAAUAGAAAUUGGUCAACGGGGAAAGUGGUUGAAAGAUAUGAACUGGCGUGGCCAGGUUGAGAAUGGAUGACUGUGUACCUGGAAGCCUUCGAGUAGUUUCCAUGCAGUUCAAGCCUUUUCAGUCUUCUGAUUGGACAAAGUAGCUGGUACUGAAGAUGCUUUAUUUUCUGGCCUUCAAUGAGAUGGAUUUGCUUGCUUGUAUAUACUAGGCCAGGUUACUGUUUUUGUUUUGCUUCACAGGGGUCACCAAACCCCUCCCCCUCUUCUCUUAUAAUUUUUGCCAUUUCUUGGUAUUCAGUUUGUUAGGAGUCCACAAUUGUAAUGCAAAAUGCUGCUUUUUGAGGAAGUUCUGGGAAAGGUUGAAGUAAUGUUAAAAUUUUGUCACUUAUGUAUGCAUAUGAUUUCUUUUUUGUAUCUUUGAGAGCCAAGUGCAGAGACAUGUGAAUCCCCUAUUUUACAAAUUAUUAUUGACAGUUUAUAUUAGUUUAAUAAGUAGCUUGGUGUAGUUGUGGAGUUUGUCAAAA